AUGAAGGCGGUCUCGAGAUAUGCGGCUGCUUACAAUCGCGCGGCUGUCUUUGGACUCUUCGGAAACUUCCAGUAUCAGGUCAUCGUGUCAUAUUUGCAGAACAUGGAGAUGCCACUUCCUCCUUGGGUAUCCACAGCCACGAGCCUCCUCCAUGUGGUGUGGGCCAUACUCUUCGUGGUGGUGUUCCAGUGGGGCAACAUGGGUGCCGGAGCGGCGAAUGCCCUGACAUGGACCCUUCAGUGGCUCAUCGGGUCUGCGUUUUUGGUUAGCCAGGCAUCCGAGCUCCAUGCCACGCCGCGACAACUGCUGCUUGUCCAGAAGGAGGCUUUCCGCCAAUGGCCAAGCUACAUGGAAGUAGCCCUCCCCGCCACGGUCCAGGUUUGCAGUGAGCUCUGGUUUUGGGAGAUCUGUGCCCUCGUCAUGGGAUAUUUGGGCCCAACGCCCCUGGCCGCGCAUGUGGCUGCCAUGAACCUGGUGACGGUACUGGCUAUGCCCACCAUGUCUUUGGGAAUGGCGGCGGCCACUGUCGUCGGGACUGCUCUUGGAGCUCAGCUCACCAAGAAGGCGAGGGAUGCCUCCUGGUUAUGUGUAUCCAUAUGCGUCGGGGUGUGGAGCGGCCUGGCCUUGCUCCUGCCGCGGAACAUCAUCCCGCGGCUGCUGGCCUCCGACUUGGAGGUACAGUCCUUAGUGCAGAAGCUGCUGAUGAUCUACAUUCUGGCGGGAUACGCCGACAGUGCUCCGAACGUGAUGGGCUCCACUCUCGGGGCGUGGGAAGGCAAACCACGGCCGUCGUCAUCUACCUGGUUUCCUUCUAUGCGGUGA